CACGUUGGGCAAAUAUAUACCUGCAUAUUGCUCAUCUAAGCUGCCAACUAUAUGAAAACACGUCCGGACACAGUCUCCGGUUGUGAGUGGGCCGUGGAGUUCAACUGGUGGCGCAUAGGACCGGUCGCUUAUCUCGAGGUCCGAGAUCCAGAUAGCAGCGGCGAUUCCACUGCCAUAAAUAGCCCACAGCAGCCAUUAACAGAUUCUCAGUUUAAUGGUCAGUGCAGUGGAAGUUACAGGAGAUUCCACUCAACCGAGGAGCUUAAAACGAGGAAUCAUCAUCAUCAUUGGAUAGCAAUUGGAUUAAGGAUAAGCUGGGAUCAUGUGCCUGCCAAAGCGAGUGGGUGGUCCGGCCAUCCAGAGCAUUGCCACUGCUAUAGGCAAUAUUCUCUGUUUCAAUUUUGGCAUGAUUUUUGGCAUAACUCCCGCCCACAUGACACUCUAUGAGUCCGAAGUGAAAACACCUUUAAACAUGGCCACAGGCACGGGAACAGCCUGGCUCACGGGUUACCUCUUCCUCAGUGCCGCCAUUGGAGCUCUGUUUCUGAGUCCUGCCCUGCGAAUCGGUCCCAAGUCCAUGCUGCUCUGCGCUGGCCUCCUUCAAAUUAGUGGUUGGUUCUGCAUCCACUUUGGCUACGACAUCAUUCAUAUAUAUGCCUCCCGCCUGUUUGCGGGCGUGGCUGCCGGUGCCUCCUUUGUUGUCCUUCCCAUUUUUAUAAACGAAAUUGCAGAGUCGCGGGAAAAGGCCGCCCGACUUACGUUCACCAUUGAACUGUGGCGCACUCUGGGCAUCCUGGUGGGCUUUGUCCUUGGCUUUUUUGUGCCCUACGACCUGGUCAACAUUGUUGGUUGCGCUGUAUCCUUUGUCUUCACCAUGUCGUUCCCCUUUGUCCAGGAGAGCCCGCAUUACUAUCUGCGAAAAAACAAUAUUCCAUGUUUGGAGAAGUCACUUCGCUGGUAUCGAGGCAUCAGGGACAUUGAUGACCGCGAGAAACCGGAGUAUCUCAGUGAACUGGCUGAAUUUAAGGCCGAGCUGCAUAAGAAGGAGAAGAAUGUGGGUUCCAUGCCCAUGUCCCAGAGUUACAUAGUGAGGCUGACUUUUGUCAGCUUUCUGCUGACCGUCUGCGCCAAAUUAAGCGGUGUUUUCGUAGAGCUUAACUACGCAUCGGACUUUGGGCGCACUGGUUACUCCACGGAAACCAAUUAUAUCGUUUUGGCCAGCGCCCAGUGCCUUGGAGCCCUUCUUGCACGCCUUGCAGGACCGCAAUUACCGCGAAAGGUGACUCUCCUGUGCCUCUCCUCACUGCUCUCUGCUGCAGCUGUCAUAACCCUGGCUUUUAAGACCUAUGGAAACUCGUGGCUUCUGGGAAGUUGGGCGGACCGACAUCUACCCAUUAUCCUUUUGGCUUUCCAGCUUGCCUUUGUUAGCUUUGGUCUAUAUCCCCUGGCCGCUGUGGUUAGCAGCGAAGUGUUGCCCACCAAGCUUCACGACCUGCUUUACUCCCGCUCUGCCUUCUCCUGGCUGCUGCUCUUCGGCAUGAUUGAGGGAUUCAAUGCGGUAAGCACAAUUGCCCCGGGUUUAGUACUGUACCUGUGGGUAUUUGCCGGCGCCUCGAUAUUUGUGGGCUUGAUUUCGUUGUCAAUUUUGCCGGAAACACGAAAUCGACGCCCAUCGGCGGUGCAACGUGAAAUGGGUUACGUGGAUGAUGGCGGAGUGGCCAAAGGAUCGGCGGUGACCAAUGGACACAUUGCCACGCACAUUUGAAAUGCUCUAGUACUUAUAACAUACAGCGACUCCUUAGUUUUACGUCCACUAUUAGUAUAUAACUUAGUAUUACUUUGCCUAAGUGCACUUAUUAAAAUAUACAAUAAAUAUAGG